AUGAUGAUACCUCAGCUAUUGCAGAUGCCAAAGAUGAUACCUCAGCUAGGGCAGAUGCCAAUGAUGAUACCUCAGCUAGGGCAGAUACCAAUGAUGAUACCUCAGCUUGUGCAGAUGCCAAAGAUGAUACCUCAGCUAGGUCGGAUACCAAUGAUGAUACCUCGGCUAGGGCAGAUGCCAAUGGUGAUACCUCAGCUAGGGCAGAUGCCAAUGGUGAUACCUCAGCUAGGACAGAUGCCAAUGAUGAUACCUCAGCUAGGGCAGAUGCCAAUGAUGAUACCUCAGUUAGGACAGAUGCCAAUGAUGAUACCUCAGCUAGGGCAGAUGCCAUUGAAAUAG